AUGUGGGAGAGCAUCAAAGGUUUUUUUCGACGGCACAGAAGAAAAUUUCUGGUGACUGGAGUUGUCAUUGGCGGAGUUUAUUUGCUGGGUCGCUACGCAAGAUGGCGUCUGGCCGAAUGGCAACGACAGCGUGAAAUGGAGUACGUCGAACAAGCAAGAAAACAACAUCACUUCGAAAGCAAUCUUAGAACUUGUACAGUAACUUUGUUCUCACUAGUACCAAGUUUACGGGAUGCACUGAUGGAAAAGCUGAACUGUGAAACUAUAACUUCGAAGCUUCGCGAAAAACCUGCAAACAAGCUCGAACUUUGGGAACAGCUCAAGAUUUUGAGCUUCACUCGCACCCUUUCGUCGAUCUAUUCUUCGUGUAUGCUGUUUGUGUUUUUAAGAGUUCAGCUUAACAUUGUUGGAGGAUAUUUAUAUUUAGACAGUUUGAUACCUACGGCAGAAAACUCAAACGGGAGGCAAGUUCACAUUGGUGAGGGCUUGCAGAAAAGAUACCUCGCCCUUGUGAGAUAUCUCCUUGGAGAUGGGCUUGAUUUCCUUUUAGAAAAAAUCAGACGAUCUGUAGAAGGUAAAAAUUGCCAAAAAUUUCUAAUAUUUUAUGUCAGUGCCAAAUGUAGCUAGGGAUUAAAAAUCACGCUUCCUGAAGAGAUGGUUAAAAGUGCAUCAGUCAAUAGUUGUUUUUGAAUACAUUACAUCAGGAGCUCCUGAUUACAUACUUUUUCAAACACUGUGGUCUUGUGAUAAUCCCUUCACUCUCGUUGUGUUGGUUCCCAUGCUGUACCAGCCCCUGCAAUACUUAUCGAUGUCUCCUCUGAAUCAAAUAUACUGUAGCCGCACACUUCAAAUCUUUGAAGUGGUUAUAUGCCCAGAAGAAAGUGAUGUCUCGCUUUUUCAGCUUGAUAAUAAGUGGCUGUAAUACUGAAAGGCAAUGUGGUAACCAGGGUAAUUUUGAAUUAGCAUUGAAUACCACAUGUAAUGGGCUAUUUGCCUUGCUAUUGAUGUCAGUGUCCAGAUGCAAUAAUAUAUUCAUAAUAUAUAAUAUAAUAUAUUCAUGUCCAUGCAGUUCCAGAUAAUUUCCUCAAAUUGAUUUGCAAACAGCCCCUCACUUGACAUAGCUUCUAGUGCUAUUAGACAAGUAUUGAUUGAAAGUGCAAAAAAAAAAAAUCAUGCACUUCAUGGCUUUCAACCUGGCACUGUGCUUUGCAUAAGCUGAGCAAUGUUGUCCUGCAGACCUCUUGCUGAUCUUCAUUAUAAUUACAAUAUUGUAACCUUCAAUAUAGCAGUAGCUACGCCACUGUGGGAGGAGAGAAUUUGAUAAUCAUAGCCUUCUGGGAAUUGAGGAAUCUGAACCCUAACUUGGAUUUCUGGUCAUGUAUCUUGUUCCUUGCAUAGAGUGUUUUUACAUGAUGUUACGACAGCCAUAUUAUUGUACCAAGACAGCCCUGUGGGAUUUGAACUCUUUUCUCAUGUAAAUGCUUUCUUUUUUUCCAGUAAAUUAUGAUCACAUCAGUGAAAACGCUCUAUAACGCAGACACCCCUGUAAUGUGGAUGCUAGGUUCUGUUUCGUUGGUGUCUAUAUUAAUGAAGUAAAUUUAGGAAUAAUUUUACAUAUGUGUCUUCCUUUUUGCCCACCUGUUAUAAUGCUCUUGCAAGGUACUUAAAUAUGAUGUAUGUAAAUAUGAUUUCUAAUAGAUAUCUAUUAAUUUUUCAGACAUUUUAGGUGAGGUCUCCCUGAAAGAAAAGUUUAGCCACACAGAAGUAACAAAACUUGUUGGUCAUAUCAGGCAAUCAAUAGAGUUCUCAAAUCACAGCAUACCCAUCAAAAGAACAUCGCCAGAUGCUCCAAAUGGCACAGUUAAGAAUGGCCACCACCGAAUGCCUCUUCAGAAGUACAUGCUUCCAUCAGAUAUUGAGAGUUUAUGUGAUUCCACUGGUGAGGGAGAAGAUGAUAACUUCAGGAAUUUAGUUGGAGAAACUCUUGAUAUUUUGGACAGUGAGGAUUGCGAUACAGUGUUGAAUAGGUGUUUGGAUGCAGGGUUUUCUCAUGUUAUGAGCAGCAUGAUUCCUUUCUUUCAGGUUGAGGAGCUAGGUAAGUUGGGUAAUCACAGAAAAGAACCUCUGCAAGGUCCAGUGAGGUCAGUUAAUUAAUACAGUGCAGUCUCAAGAAAGUUAGGCAUUUCCUGCAGUAACUGGAAACACUGGUUUCCUCUUACAUGAUUUUGUUUAGUUGUACCAGAAUUAUUUUACAAUGUUUAGAAAGCUUUAUUUUCAGCACUGGCUUGUAUAAUAAUGUCUUCUCAUACAGUUUACACCAUGGUAGACAUUUGUAUAAUAUUUAGUAAUAAUUGAUGUACAUAAUGUACAAUGAAUUCUAGAGAAAGUCCGGAAGUUUGCACAGCAAUUUUCCAGACCUGGAAGAAAUCAAGAUAAUAGAGAUAAAAUCUGAAAAAAAUGGUAUAAAGUCAUGAUUUGCUUUUUUUUUCAAAGCUACAACAAGUGCUUUAUAUUAAGUGAAUUUUUUUCCGUUUUGGUCAAAUCUUUUUCAAUCAUGCCCGUACGUUUGCAGUGCAUCAUGAAAAAAGCUUUUUUCCAGUGUUUUUUAAGGCCUGUAUUGAUCAACUGUUUAAUAAUAACCUCGAGUCUGGAAAAAGAAAUUAUUGUUUUGAAAAAAGUCUGGAAAAAGUCUUAAAUUGUGGAUCCAAAACCUGUACUUGUAUACCUUGUAAUGAGCUCUAAAUUCAUACACUGGGAAGUAGGUGGAAGGCAACCACUCAUUAAUAUCUUCAGUAUUUGCUGUCCUUAAAAAAGAUUGACUAACUGUAGAUCACUAAUUUUGUUUAUACUGCUACUUUUCUUUGCAGAACUUGGUGCUGUUGGUGGAAUGGAACGUGAACCAUCACUAGAUCUUCCAUUGGCAAAGGUCAUUCCUAUUGUAAAUGGGCAGAUCAACCACAUUCUGUGUGACUCAGAUAACAGUUAUUUCCAGGAGCUGUUCAAAGUUGGUUGUGCCAGGGAAUUUGCAGCUAAUGUUUAUGAAGCAUUUAGCCUUGAAAUUGACUAG